UUGGGACACAGCCGUGCGCAGUUAAAGUGCGCUUUUGACAGAUUCCUCUGUCUUUUGUCUGCUUUGGCCACACCCAGAAACCGGAGUUUUAACCCGAGGAAGUGUCAGGUAAAGGUUUCCUGAGCUACAGAACUUCCUGACUUCCGACUAGGAAAUGUAGGGCGACAUGAGAAAGUUUUAAGAUCUGGCGAACCCGAACCGUUUGGACAUGAUCGGGAAGGAGGCGGACGCAGGAGACGCGGUGACCAAAUCGGAGAAAGACCUGGUAGGUGGGUGGACAGAAGACACCAAGAACAGCUGGUUUCCGUCUGUGAUCAAGAAGAGAGUGUGCACCACGUUUGUGGAGGAUUCCUUCAGCAAUGGAGCCCUGUGUCAGUGCGGGAAUGCUAGGGACAGCCAUGCCUCAGUCACCCUGAACGAUUACUUCAGCACGGCCAUUGUCAGUCACUGGGAGCGUUCUCAGCACACAUCUGAGUCUCCUACGGAUGCUUUCGGUGAGGUGGAGUUCGAAGGAGCCAGCAAGAGGCACAGCUAUUUUCUACGUCUUUCCUGGGAUACUCCUCCUGCUACUGUUUAUUCCAUCUUGACCAGCCAUUGGGGCCUGCCAACUCCAAACCUGGUGGUGUCAGUGAAUGGUGGUGUGGGGAAGUGUAAAGUCAAAACCUGGGUGCGAGAUGUUUUAAGCCAGGGAUUGGUCAGAGCAGCCCAGAGCACAGGGGCAUGGAUCUUAUCAGGAGGACUGCGUGAGGGGGUUGGCAGGUGUCUAGGGGAGGCUGUGAGGGAUCAUUCUCUGGCAGCCUCCUCACUUGCCCUCUCUAAAGUAGUGGCCGUAGGCAUAGCUCCCUGGGGUUUGGUGUGCAACCGAGAACAGCUCAUCAAUCCUGAGGGCAGUUUUCCGGCCGGUUACUAUGUUCCGAACACGUCGCGAGACUCCUGCUUUCUGGAUAACAACUACCAGGCGUUUCUCCUCGUGGAUGAUGGGAGCGUAGGCCAUAAUGGUGUGGAGGCGGAUUUCAGAGCCCGUCUAGAGAAUUUCAUUUCCCAUCAGCGCACAGGAAAAUGGGGAAGCGGAAGUAUGGAAAUCCCAGUGCUGUGUAUGCUGGUGUCAGGAGAGCCCUACAUGCUAACGAGAAUGGAUCUCUCCUUGAAGAAGUCUAUCCCCUGGUUGGUCCUGGCAGGUUCAGGGGGACUGGCUGAAUUGGUAAGCGACAUCCUGGACAAUGUAUCGGCUGCACCGAAUCUUCCUGGGCCGGGGUCUGAAACCGAGGGAGAGGCAGCAACUAAAACAGAUUUCAGGGGGAGAGUGACUGAGAGAGUGCUGAAACACUUUCCCUCAGAGCCGGACACGGACAAACUAGUGGACAAGGUUUUGAGCAUUUGUCAGUGCAAAGAUCUGAUCUCCAUCUACCAUGAAGAGCAUGAGGGCUUAGAUGAUUUCGACACUGUGCUGCUAAAGGCUCUUGUCAGGGCGAGUAAGCAACGUCUUUCGACUGACGCUGGCCCCAGUACUGAGGAGCUGAGGCUGGCUGUUACCUGGAACAGAGUAGACAUCGCCAAGACUGAGCUAUUUUCUGGAAACAUCCAGUGGAAGAACGAGGACUUGGAGAGCUUCAUGACUGAUGCUCUGGUAAACGAUAAGCCCCAAUUCGUUCGCCUCUUCACGGAAAACGGCCUGAAUAUUCUGGAGUAUCUUACAUACGGCCGCUUGGAGGAUCUGUAUCGCUCGAUCUCCGAUGGAUGUCAGGCCCACACGCUGCUACAGCGCUACCUUGCAGAACGGCUGGGCGCUGUUAACAUGGGCACAUCUCGCUCUGUUGGCAAUUUUGUAAACCUCACUUCCAGUCCGGUCAAACAACUGACACUUUUUGAGGUGUCCCAGGUCCUGCAGUACUUGCUAGGCGACGUGUGUCAGCCGUUCUAUUAUAGAUGCCUGGAUUUGGAGGUUAUUGCAUCCAAAAGGAGAACCAUCAAGAAACUGGCUACGAUUUUACAAGAAGAUGCUGAAUAUCGGAAGCAGAGGUGCCCUUACCCAUGGGCUUCGCUCCUCAUCUGGGCCGUUCUUCAAAACCGCAGCGAGAUGGCUGUCUACUUCUGGGAAAUGUCCACAGAGUCAGUGCUGAGUGCUCUGGGAGCUUGUAAGCUGUUGCGAGUUCUCUCCAAAUUAGAGACAGAGACUGAGACGAAGCACUCCAUGAAGGAACUGGCUCAGAGAUUUGAGAACUUGGCCCAUGAUAUGUUCAGUAAGUGCUACGAGAGCAGUGAGAGUCGCUCUUUCAUUCUGCUGAAGAAAAAAUCCUUAGUCUGGGGAGGAACGACAUGUCUGAAGAUGGCCAUGGAGGCAGACGCUCGCCUCUUCUUUAGUCAUGAUGGUGUGCAGAGUCUAUUGUCUCAGAUCUGGUGGGGGGAUAUGGACAGGAGCACGGAGAUAUGGAAGCUCAUCCUCACUCUGUUCGUCCCUCCUCUCUGCUACACCAACCUCAUCUCUUUCAGGGUUGAGGACGAGGAGGUGGAGGGGACGUCUGAAGAAGUCUCGAAGCAAAAGGAAAUAGACUGGCUCUACGCCGAAACCGUCUUCUCUUUCUCGGACAUGAAACGCAUUCCGAAAGCAGAUGGGUCAACUCCUGUUCGACAAAGCAUAAAAGGUUACUCAGUCGGAGCAGUCCGUCCCAAGUUGCCAUACAUAUUUUCGCGCUGGAGACAGUUCUGGUACGCCCCGGUUACUGCCUUCCUUGGCAACGUGCUGAUGUACUUCCUCUUCCUGCUUCUUUUUGCCUACGUGCUGUUGAUGGACUUCAAGCCUCCUCCACCAGAGGGCCCAGCCUUCUGGGAGCUCCUGCUGUAUUUUUGGGUGUUCACAAUAAUGUGUGAGGAAAUUCGUGAGACUUUCUUCGUGGGAAGCAUGCCGUUCAAGCAGAUGAUACGACAGUAUUCUCAGGACAUGUGGCACAAGUUAGACCUCAUUGCCAUCACCCUCUUCCUUAUUGGUAUUGGCUGCAGGAUGUUCGCCGAGACGUUUUCCUUAGGCCGUGCAGCCUUGUGCUUUGACUUCAUGGUGUUCAGCCUACGACUUAUCCACAUCUUCGCCAUUCAUAAGCAGCUUGGGCCAAAAAUUAUCAUAGUGGGCAAGAUGAUGAAGGACAUCUUUUUCUUUCUGUUCUUCCUUGCUGUGUGGUUGUUGGCAUACGGAGUUGCCAAUCAGGCCCUGAUCUAUCCCUACGACUCCGACGCCGAUAGGAUACUGCGCCGUAUAUUCUACAGACCAUAUUUACACAUUUUUGGACAAAUUCCCGUGGAGGAGAUAGACUCUGGAUAUAGAUGGGAUUUGGAUUGCACAGACAAUGCGACACUCAUUGACGCAGGUAUGGAACCAUGUAGGGAAGCACACCAUAAUUGGCUUGUGGUCUUAUUACUCAUCAUCUACCUUCUGGUCACCAACGUCCUGCUCAUUAACCUUCUCAUCGCUAUGUUCAGUUACACCUUUAACAAGGUGCAGGAUCGGAGUGACACAUACUGGAAGUUCCAGCGCUACAAUGUAAUUGUAAGCUAUCAUUCUCGGCCAUGUCUUGCUCCACCCUUCAUCAUCAUCUCACACUUCCACCUCUUCAUCAAGAGGAACAUCCGCAAGGUGCCCUCGGAAAAGGUGCACCAGUUCGCUGUGGACUUAAGGGAGAAAGCCAACAACCGGCUAAUGACAUGGGAGCGCAUUCAAAAGGAGAACUUCUUGUCUGCUGAGGGAAAGAAGUUGAGAGGAAGUGACACGGAGAGACUAAAGCGCAUGUCUGUUAAAGUGGAUAGUGUUCUCAAACAGACUACCGAAAUCAGGGAUUUGGACCGCAUGGUGAGAGACCUCAAGUCUGAGGUGGAGUUCUGUUCAUCAACACUGCUAUGGAUGGCUGAAGCUCUAUCUCAGAGUGGUGUGCUAAAAUCGACCAAACCUCCUCCUACACGCAAAGUAAACCCAUCCACCCCGGAGAUGUGAGAAUGCUUCACUUAUCUUCCGUUUUUACAUAGCAGUGUAGAUGAUGAUGCAUUCCUGCUGUUCAGGCUAUUUAAUGAGAAUGUGGUACUUCUGUCACUUUGGCAGUCUUUGUCUUCUUCUGUUUAUCUUUUUUAUUUUUAAAAAAAGAGGUAAGAGUGCAGAAAAAAGUGCUAGAUAAUGGGGGGUCAAGCUCUGAUUGUAUAUAUCCGUUUAUUCUUGCUGCCUUUCCCAUAACCUAUAUAUAUAUAUAUAUAUAUAUAUAUAUAUAUAUAUAUAUAUAUAUAUAUAUAUAUAUAUACACAUAAAUA